CAUUCACCACAUAAAGAGAAAAAAAAUUAUUGUAGCAAAGCAGAAUUUUGAAUCUGUAAAGGACAGUAAGUGCACAAGUUCCAGGAUGUGUUCACCACACUAAAUCAAAUAAUGUAGCAAGGCUUUAAUGGACAAACCAUGCCCACAGAAUAAAGGGGGAAAGAGAAAAAACAUUUACCUGUCAAAAUUGACAGUGUUGUAUCUCAGGUGUUCUCCUGUGCAAAAUGGAUUCACCAAGCAUCAAUGGUGUCAAGAAACUAGAUGAAAAUUAUAUAUACGGCCGAUGGGGCGCCUAUCAGGUAUUUCAAUCAGCCAUUGCAUUCUACAACAUUUUGCCUACAGGAUUUCAAUUGCUAAUAGGCGUUUUUAUCGGUUACAGGCCUAAUUACCAAUGUUCAUCAAGCAGUACCUAUGAAAAUCAGACGUAUUCGUCGAACAACUCUUAUUUUGUCACAUAUUACAAAUGCCAUAUCAAAGUGUUUUACAAUGAUACCACCAGGGAUGCACCACAGUUGGUCAAAGAUGACCUCUGUACUGAAGGAUACCAAUAUAGCCUUGACAAAUACAGUACAUUUGUCACGGAGAUGGAUCUUGUCUGCGACCGAGCGUAUCUUGGUGAGCUGGUGCAGACCCUUGUCAUGGCAGGACAGUUGGUUGGAGCAGCCUUUGCAUCGUCUCUCAGUGACAAGUGGGGUAGAAAAACGGUUCAUUUGACGUCCCAUUUAUUGACGCUAGCGUUUGGAAUUGGUGUUGCUUUCUCACCCAACUACAUAACUCUUGCUAUCCUAAAAUUCAUUAUCGGUGUUUUGCAACAGGGAAUGGUUAUGUCCGAUGCUGUUCUUACUUUGGAGUUAUUUCCAGAAAAAACACGUUUCUAUGCAGAAGCAAUAGGACUGUUUUGUUGGACUACGAGUCUCGUUAUGAUGGCUCCAAUAGGAUAUCUGAUGAGAGACUACUCAUGGAGAUACCUUCAAAUUGUUUUGACGGGCUUUUCAUUGUUUAGUUUGAUCCAAUAUUGGGUUCAAGAUGAAUCGUUAAGAUGGCUUGUAGCAAACGGUAAAAAGGAAGCUGCUGAUAAAGUUAUACACAAAGUGGCAAGAUGGAAUAAAGUUAACUACGAUGACCUCAAAAUUAUUGUGGACAAAAGAAUGGCCAGUACGGAACAGAACACACAAAAGGCGGACAAAAAUGGGACGACCACUGAGAAUACUCCACAGGAAAAGCUUGCUGUGGAAAAAUAUUCAAUCGUUACCAUUCUUAAACACCGACGCAUCUUGAUAACAUCUCUGAUAAUGUGGUUUACAUGGGUGACCAAUACCGUAACAUAUUUUGGACUGACCUUGACAUCAACAUCCUUGGCAGGAGACCGAUUCUUUAAUUUUUUCCUGUCAGCAAUCGUUGAGUACAUUGCUGUCAUGUUUGAAUACCCAAUGUUAUAUUGCCUUGGUAGAAGAACAAUUACAAUUGUGUUUCAUGCUGUUUGUGGAAUAUCGUUAGCUUCUGCUACUUUAUUGAAUCAUUUUUCUGGGACUGAUAGCAGUGCAAAGAUGGCCUCCAUUAUAACUACGUUUGCUGGAAAAUCGGCCAUAACUGGGUCAUUUAGUACUCUUUUUUUGUACACUCCAGAAUUGUAUCCUACAAAUCUGAGGAAUGCUGGCAUAGGGUUUUCUUCUGCAUUUUCUAGAUUGGGAGCUAUAAUAUCACCCUUUGCUGGAACAUUGGCGGAAGAAAUUCCUUGGGCUCCUGGAACUAUAUUUUCGGCAAUGUGUCUCACCGUUACGUUAAUAAUCCUGUACGUGCCGGAAACACGUGGUGUAGAACUUCCUCAGACUUUGGUAGAGGUUAAAGUGUGGUAUACGGAGAAAAGUGGUCUUCGACAACAACAAAAGGUGGAAAGUACGAAACUCUAGCACAAAGAUUUCUCGAAAAAUUUGCAUGUUAAAAGCAUUUGAAGUUCUAAAAAACGUUUCACAUUUGAAUGUGAUAUAUUCGUAGAAGACUGCAAAUGUUAUAAUGAUUGUUAGCAUGUAAGCAAUGUCACAAUAUCGACAUAUUCGUAUUAUUGUAUUUUUCCUUAAGUUUAAUAAUCAAAUAUUUGUAAAUAUACAAUCAAAAGAAUGUUUUUGAAAACAACCCUUCAUGUUAUUGAUUACGUUGGUUGAUUUCCGAUAACAUGCAGGUGAAAGACGUUAUAAAUAAACACGUGCACAUAAUUCUACUAAGAUAACGGUGUCGUAGAAGGCACAACACAUUAUUGUUAUUUUUUCCAUAACUUACUAAUUUUCAAUAAACCC